AUGUCCGAAACUUCAAAAACAAUUCCAUGUAGAAAUUGCAAUGCGCAGAUUGCGACAGAGACAUUCGCUAAAAAUCUCAAGGUCUGCCCACACUGCGAUUACCAUCACUAUAUGAGUGCUCAUGAGCGACUCAACCUCAUCAUAGAUGUGGAUAGUUUUGAGGAAUACGAUGCGAAUCUUUACUCUAUUGAUUCACUGGAAUUCCCAGAAUAUCCGGAAAAACUGGAGAGGGAUGUCGCAAAAACAGGACUCAGAUCCGAAAUGCUCUCUGGCAUAGUCAAUAUCGGUGGUUAUCCAACCGCUGUUGCGAUAGGCGAUGUCGGAUUUAUAGGCGGCACAUGCGGCUCUGUCAUUGGUGAAAAGGUUACCCGAUGUAUUGAACGCGCCCUUGAGAACCGGUUGCCGUUAGUGAUUGUCUCUGUGAGUGGUGGGAUGCGAAUGCAAGAAGGCACGCUCGCUUUAAUGCAGAUGGCGAAAACUGCUGCCGCUUGUGCGGAGUAUGCUAAGUCGGGGGUCUUUUAUAUCUCCGUUGUUACUGAUCCGACGUUUGGUGGUGCAACUGCCAGUUAUACUUCACUCGGUGAUGUGAUCGUUGCUGAGCCGGGUGCGCGGGUCGGCUUCGCGGGUCCGUUAGCUGUUGCCAGCCUCCGUGAGGAACUCCCGGAAGACUUUCAGAAGGCAGAGGCAUUGCUGGAACAUGGAUUCAUCGACUCGAUCGUUCACCGGGCGGAUAUGCGUCAGAUGCUUGUAGAUCUGAUUGCUUUCGCCUCCUAA